AUGCAGAGAACUGGGGCUACACCGACGCAGCCCGCUGCAGCCUUUUUCGCGUCCCUCUUCAGUGGAGGCGACAGCACAAGCGGCGGGUCGUCAUCGCCAAGCAAGUCGCAUCGCAGAACCGCCAGCAAGUCGCACAACAAGUCGCCCAGCAAGUCACGCCCCGGGACGAGCUCAGGCGAUCAGCAGCAGGCGACUGGACUAGGUUCAGGUACAGGCGACACCUCAAGUCCGCGGCAGCCAAACGUCCUCCACAAAGACCGAGAUCGCGGCCGCCGCCCCUCGUUCGGCCGGAAAGCCUCCUUUUCGUCGUCGUCGCCCAGCAAGGCCCGCCGCCGCGCAGACUCGUCCGCCUCAACAGCCCCUAUCAAUACCAAUACCAAUGGCGGUGGACCAGGAUCGGGUUCCGCCGCUGCUCUAGGUCUGGGUCUCUUCGACGCCGACUCGAUCCCGCCCGUGCCCGAGUUCACCCUCGCCGCCGCCGCCAAGCUCUCCCGCGAAACAGACGCCAUCGCCUCUCCCGCCUCGGCCGACAGCUUCCCCAGGAUGCUGAACCGAACCGCCCCGACGCCCGUGAACGGCUUCCCUGCCUCAUCCAGCGGCCAGCUGGCCCCCCCGGCCGUCGUUGCCCCGGGCCAGCCCACCGAGCUGACCGCCGCCCACCACCAGAUCCAGGAAACGGCCAACAAGAGGAUAUCCACCCUCGACUACCUGCGCAAGGCCCACGAGGGCCGCGUCUACUGGUUCAACACGCUGCUCUUCGACAAGCCCGACCUGGCGCGCAUGCCCUACUUCGACAGCCGGAAGCUGGCCCGUCGCGCCACAAACUACUUGCUGCUGGGAAUCUCCCUGCCCACCGUCAUCGACCUCAACUCCAACACGCCCCUCGAAUUCCUGCGGAGUCUCAACACGCUGCUUUCCGAGUUCGAGAGCUUCCAGCAGCUGCACUCGGAGAAUGGGGGGUCUUCGAGCUCGCUCUCGCGCGCGCGCAUCCCGCAGAUGUUCCGCCGCGCCACCCCCGGCACCAAGGGGCGCCGAUCGAGCAGUGCCACUGGCGAUGCCUCGGCAGGCGUGUUUGAGACGGCCCUCGACGGUAGCUUCAGCGGCAACGGCAGCAUCUCGUCCUCGUCUGCCGCCGCCGCCGCCGCCGCCGCCCCGGCAAGCAUCAUCAACUUCGCGUCGUCCGAGAUCGACCUGCUGCCGGGCGAAGAGUACACGCACCUGCUAACGCCGACGCUGCCAUUCGACCCGGACUUCUUCGAGACGUUCGCGACGCUGUGCGACGUGCUCAUCGACACGUACACGCGGCUGCUGAGCCUCGUGCCGACGCCGCGCGAGUGCUCGGGCCCUGUCGCUGAUCUCUUCGCUAAGGCUGACGCUCGCGUCCGCAAGAUCAUCGUCCAGGGUAUCGUCAAGGACUUUGAGGACGCCAGCCGCGCCGGCGCAAAGACCGAAGUCGCAAACGUCGGCAAGGUCGUCCUCGGCGGCCUGAUGUGA